AUGAACCUUAAGGACAAAUACCUGUUGGUUGCCGCUAUAGAUUUCGGAACAACGUAUACUGGUUAUGCCUACUCUUCACGACAUGAAUUCAACACCGAUCCACUGAAAAUAAAUCUGAUGACAUGGAACGCAGGAUCAGCAGGACUCGUGUCUCUAAAAUCAUCUACCUGCGUUUUGUUUAAGCCAGAUGAGACAUUUCACUCUUUCGGCUAUGAGGCAGAAGACCAGUAUAAUGAGCUUGCCAUGGACGACGACCAUAAGGACUGGUUUUUCUUUCGGCGCUUCAAAAUGGAAUUGUACACUGAUCAUGUUGACAGAAACAAGAUGUUGCAAACAGAAGACGGAAAGAAAAUGUCGGCAAUCAAGGUUAUAUCGGCUGUUAUAUCCUAUCUGAAAAGUCAUCUCACGAAAACAGUCAAAGAUAGUGCUAUCGAUAUUUCCGAUAAGGAUAUCAGAUGGGUAGUCACUGUACCUGCAAUAUGGAGUGAUCCAGCCAAGCAAAUGAUGCGCGAGGCAGCCGAACAGGCUGGCAUUGCUAGAAAUCAGUUGCUCCUAGUGUUAGAGCCAGAGGCAGCAUCAAUACUUUGUAAGCACAUGCCCGUGUCCAAACUUGUCGACGGUGACCGUGAAGACAAAAUAGAAUCAUUCCGAGUCGGAUGCAAAUAUAUGGUGGUUGAUGCAGGAGGCGGGACAAUAGAUAUCACAGUACACGAGGUAAUAAAAGGCGGAUUCUUGAAAGAAAUCCAUGCAGCUAACGGCGGCAGCUGGGGAGGGACAAAAGUGGACAACGCCUUUGAGGAAAUGUUGGAGACUAUUGUCGGGAAAACUGCGUUUGCGCACUUCAAAGCUGAUGAGAUACCAAAUGUUAUCGAUUUACACAGGAAUUUCGAGGUGAAAAAGAAAACUUUCACAGGUAAGGACUCUGGAACUGCUAGCAAAACAACGAUAACAGUGCCUUGCACACUUCUGGAAUCUUUUCGAAAAUUCAAUCCUGAUAAACGGAUAGCCGAUGCUAUUGGAGAUCAUUUUUCUCCCGACGUAGAAUGGAAAAAGGAUAAGAUUCGUCUUUCUUUAGCUAGGACACGGUCUCUGUUCGACCCAUCUUUGAAGCACAUAACCGAUCACGUUUCUGAUAUACUUGGUAAACCCAAAGUACAGGAUUGCGAGGCUAUCUUAAUGGUGGGUGGUUAUUCCGAAUGCCCACUUCUGCAGGACGCUAUCAGAACUGUGGCGGGAAGCAGGCGUUUGAUUAUUCCAAGUGGGGCAAGUCUGUCUGUACUGAAGGGAGCAGUGAUCAACGGCCACUGUCCGAAAACUUUGUCCCAGCGGAUAUGCAAAUACACUUACGGGAUAAAGAUGAACAAAUCAUUUGGUUGUGAUGGGAAUGUCAAAUAUCUUUUGAUAAAUCCAGACGGUAUGUCUUUAAGUGCCAAUUGUUUCCAGACAUUGGCCAAAAAAGGAUCACUUGUGACGAGUGGGGAAUCAUCUGUUACUCAGACAGGUUUUGUCGGGCACUCAUUAGCAACAUGUAUUGUUGUUCCUUUGUUUGCAUCUACAUCUGAAAAUCCCAAAUAUGUCACGGACGACAGUUGUCAGAAGAUCGGAGAAAUAACACUACCAAUGUCUGAUACAACGUUAGGUAGGGAUAGGGGAGCUAUCAUAACCCUAUACUUUGGAGGCUCAGAGAUUGAACUCACUGCUGCAGACAUACACACUGGACGAAAGAUAAACGCAUGCUUCGACUUCCCUGGUUAACCACACAAGGACGAAUGUGGAAAAUGUUAACUAUAGAGAAAAAAUGAAGAUGGUAAAUAAUACCAUAUUUGUAUUACAGUAUA